GUUGUUUAAUUUGUUUGUGUUGUGAGAGGUUGAUACAUAAUUAAUAAAUAAUUUAAAUUUGAGUGUGUGGGUUUAAAUAAUCCAUUAUUAGAAUUGGAUCUCUUACAGUGGGUUGAUAAUAGGAUUUAAUUAUUUUAAAUUGAAUAGCUUUUAGUGCAUAAUAAAACCAAUAUUCUGUUUGGCUUUAAGGUUAUAUCUAUUUCAAUGAACAUAAGUUUAUGCACAAAACAUAACAUCAUCCUACACUGUAUUGCAAGUUUUCAGUGAAUUCCUUCAAGAAAUUGAACAGUUUCAUAAAAUAAUAAAGUAUUCAUGUCUAGGUUAUUGCUUGAGUCAGUUCUUAAACAUUUUUCUCAAUCGAACCUGCAUCAAAUUGAGUUUUUAGAUGUAUUCAAAUUUCUAUAUUUUGAUAUGUAAGUAAUGAGUGAUACAGAUGACACAGAUUUAUUGUUGCUUAUACCUCCUGAAUUUUACUUAGUUCAGUCUCCAGAUCUAAGCCAAGUUGAAUCUGACUGUGAUAUAGAUUUUAGAUUAGAGCCUAACGAAAUAAAAGAUUCAAUUGUGAGCGACUUGAUUACUCAAGUAAAUGAUUUAGAAUCUAGGAUAUGUAUGAUUGAAGGUAUUGAUAGAUCUGUAACACUUUGUUCAACCUGCAACGAAGAUUCUUUUGCAAACCACUCUGUUAAUUCAUUAACUGAGUCUGAUAUUCUGAGGAGUCAUAUUAAAAGUAAAUCUGCAUUAUCAGAAGACAAACUAAUGCUUAGUUUUGUUGAUCAGAGCAUUAUAAGUGAUACUGAACCUUCUUUACAAGAACACUUUCCUAAAUCACAAAGGGAAUUAUCAUAUGAAAAAAUCAAAAGCGAACACACACAACCUUUAAUUGUUUACAAUACUACCAUACAAAAUACUGGUGGAUUAAGUAAUACUGAGGAACAAGAAAACUUAGAAGUAGUUGAAGAAUGUAACAAACCGGAAGUGAAAUUAUGUAAAACAAGCCAAGAAGAACUAUUGUGUGAGGUGGAUUCUUUUCUUGGAGUCAAAAAGAAACAUAAGUUAACUGAUCUUAAUAUUGAUAAAGCUUUUGGUACUAAAGAAAUAGAAGAAAGGCAUCAGGAUAAAGAAAAUGGUCCAAUAGAAACUGAAGAGUUAUAUAAUUCUAAACAAAAGUGUUUAACUGCACUAGAUUGUCAGCAGCCAGAGCAAUCACUUGCUUUACCAGAAGUUUAUGAUUUACUCAAAGAAAUGGAAGAAACUCAAUAUGAAAUGGAAAAGAAGUUAAAAUUACGUAAUUUUCAAUCUAGUAUUGAGACUCAAGAUGAAGUGGAGAGCAAUGAACUUAGAAAUAGAGUUAUUAAUAGCGGUAAAAUGCAUACUCUAAAAUCAUUAGAACUGGAAGACUUGUAUGCAAGAACCUCAAAAUCAUUAUUUAAUAAUCAAAUUGAAAAAUCUGCCGAGACAAAUAAGAACAUUCAAGGGAUCAAGUAUCAAGCGACAGAUAAUCCUCAUAGACCAAUUGCAAACACUAGUACCCAAGUCAGUUAUAUAUACAAACCAUCUUCUUCAACUCUAAAUGAUGAAAGACGAUCUUAUGGUAAGGAUUCAAAAUUUAAAUCUAUAUCUCCAAGUAGAACCUCAGGCAACUACAACCCAAUAGAUGUUGCUAGAGCAAAUCUUCCUAAAAAUGAAAAUAAAAAUAUUGUUUCUUUGGAAGCAAAUAAACGUUCACCCAGAAAAUUUCCUGGAUUUAGAAGACAAUUAAAUUUUGAAAGACCAGAUGUUCCCCUUAGAUCAUCUAAAUCCAGAUCAUCUUUAAGCAUGGAGCAAAGCAAACUAAAUCCAAAUGAUAUUCAAGAAGAUGAUAGAGUAGAUUUAAUCCAAAAAACAAAUAGAACAAGUGGCAGUAGUCAAAGACUUGAAGAGCAGUUCAAAGCAUUCGCUUUACAGCGAUCUACAGCUGACAAUAUCAAUCCAAGUAUUAAUUUUGAUAUGGAAAACAAACAUACUUCUAAUGAGGUUCCUCCAAAAAAAAUAAGCUCAAAUAACCUACUAAGUCUUUCAGAACUUUGGAAUAAGGAACCAACGUUUUAUUCAGAUGAUCCAAGUAAACUUCGCCAAAAAUUAGAAGAAGAAAAGUACAGGCGUCAGCACUGUGAACAACAGAUUCAAGUACUUCAGUUGCGAGUACUUGAGGAACAGGAGAAAUUGGCAGUUGCUGUAAGAGUCGACCAGGAGAAAGACAGGGUGAUAAUACAGAUAACUGAGUCUUGGAGAAAACUGAAUGAUCAUUGGGGUGAACUGGAGGAGCAGCGGCACAGGUUGGCCCAGCAGCUGCAAGAGGAAAGGGAAUUGGCAAAAGUCAAGAGCAAUGAGUUGACAAAGGUAGUAGACAUGAAAAUUGAGAGAUGGGAAAAAGAAGUAAGUCAAGCUCUUGACCUAGCCGCUGGAUACAAGGAAAAAAGUGAGGUUGUACAAAGUCAGAUGGAGUCAUUUAAGAGGGAUACUGAUGGAAAACUGGCUGAAAUGAGAACUGAGUUAGAAAAUUUAAAUGAAGAAAACAAAAGAAUUUGUAAUGAGAAUACUUCUCUACUUAGACAGCUGGAAGCCUUUCAGGAAAAACUCAAAGAGGAGGAAGAUUUACUAUCAAAAUUAAAAAAUGAGCUUGAGAAGUCUAAAAAGCAAAUAUUAGAUCAGGAGGCAGAAAUCAGUGUAAUUAAAGAACAAAAGGAAACUGUUUCAUUGAUGCUGAAAGAAGAAAGAAACCGAAGCAGUAUGUUGGAACAACAAAAGGUUGCUUUACAACAGGCAGCAGAUGAGGCUGUGAAAAGAGAGAAAGCAGCAAAAGAGGAAGUGCGGAUGAGCAGUGAACGGGUGGAGGUGGCACGCACUGAGCUGAGAGCGUUCUACCAGGGUCAGCUGGAAACUGUGGUGAAAGAAAAGUUACAGGAGUUUCAGAACCAGCUAGAGGCGGCUGAGACAGCUCUAAAAGCUGAAUUACAGCUGAAAGAACAACAGUGGAUAGAGAAAGCCUCUGAACAGUGUAAACAACUGAAGGAAAAAUACAGGAAGGACAUACAGAUGGUAGAAGAGUCUCGGAAAGAAGAAGUAAAUAAGUGGAAAAUGAAAUUGAUAGAAAGUGAGAGAUUGAGAAGUGCUGUACAAAGUAAACUAGAGGAUGAGACGAACAGACGUGCCGACAUUGCCCAACGUUUGCACACUGUGAUGGAAACCCAAUGGAGGGAAGCACUCAAUAUAAUCAGCAAUCCAAUGCAGCAGAACAUGUAUGAAAUGCCAAAAGAGGAAGACCGAGGUAGAUGGCCCUGCAGCCAACAAGGGUCGGAGAGAGGAAAGGGGGGGGACAUGAAGCCAAGCCUUACUAACUCCACUACGAGCCUUGCUCAAGCAGAAGAUACUCCAUUUUUUAAAGAAGGUGUGGUGACGUAUAGACCAUCUGAACCAAUUCAAGAAUCCCAUCUUAAAAAAUACAUCCAAAUGUUGCUAGAGAGAGGUCCUGGCAAUCCAAUACCACACCAUGAUUCACUGCAAGACAGCUUUGACCAGUCAUUUGCUCCUGAGGACAGUCCUAGUCACAAGUGGAUUAUGGAAAAUACAAAGAAACAACCUGGUCAGGUUGAGCGAUUUGGUCAGUCGAGCAAACCUCCUUGGAAAUAAUAUUGAAUUAUAUCUGUUUAUAAAAUUUGUAUGAUAAGCUACCACAAUAAAGCUAGCAUAAAAUGUCUUAAUGUAAAAUUGUAUUUUUAUAUGUUUAUAAUUUGCAAUAUAGAAGUCUGUAUAACUGUAAUAUAACAUAUUAAAUUAUUUUAUAACAUUAAUAUA